AUGGAGAAUGAGAAAGAGAGGGAAAGGGUGGACGCAGAGGAGCAGGAGAAAGAUUUGCAUGAGGAUAGGGAAAGGAAGGAGCAGAUGGCAUUAGAGGAGCAGAAUGAAAAGAAUGAGAAUGGGGAUACAUCCAAAAACACUUUCCCUCGCUUCUUUAAGGUGAUCUUGCCCGGGCAAUCUACCGAACAAUUGACAAUUCCACCACCAUUCUACAAGCACCUUGAAAAUGAAUCUCCGGGAGUGGUCUUUCUGAGAGGUCCAAGUGGGAAUAAAUGGCGUGUAGAGCUUGUUGCAAACAACAUGGAGCUAUGCUUUGUGCAUGGAUGGAAGGAGUUUCUCUCCGAUAAUCGCAUCCAGCCUGGCUACUUCUUGGUAUUCUGUUACAACGGACAAUCACAAUUCUCAGUGACGGUGUUUGAUUCAGCGGCCCACGAGGCACCAUACGCAUUCCUUUCUCGGCCAAGCAACGACAGGGUCACAGAAGAAGAUGAAGGUAUGGGCACCAAUGCAGAUGACACUGAUCCAGAGGAAGAAGGCACGGACAACAUGCCCGCAGAAAAUGGAGGGACAUGA